CCAGAAUUAAAGAUGCUUCCCAUUCAGUACAGGAAGACAGAAGAUAUCUCUCUGUUUGAUGCAGUAGAAUCUUAUGCUGUUAGGAACUUCGGUCCAAGAGAGUUUGAAUCCAUCAAGAGUCAGAUCCAAGACCUUCAGGACUACAGGACUGAGAUCGCCGAUAUGGAUUCUCUCGAUGAUGUCCUACUCAUGGAGAAAUACGAGAAAAUACUCCUUGAUUACUAUAUUGGGAUGCGCUUCUUGGAAAAGAAGUUCACCUUUGGAUCCAAAGAAGACACUGUUAAGCUUGCUUUCCCUUGGAAGGAUUCACAAACGAAUGAGAAGAUUAAGGGAAAAGGUAGCCUUCAGCUUGAGCUCAACUCAAUUCUGUAUAAUCUUGGAGCUGUAAUGAACAAUAUUGGUGUUUAUACCCCUCUUGAGGGAGAUGCUAUUAGGGACGUCUCCCAGAAAUUUCAGGAAGCAGCUUGGCUCUUUGAUCAUAUCAGGAAAAAUUUAGAUGGGUUGAAACCUUCUGAAAGAUCUCAUGAUUUCACUGUUGAGAAUUUGAUGUUUAAUUCUACCAUCCAGCUUGCCCAAUCUCAGUAUUGUUUCUUUAAGAAGGCAGAGAGUGCUUCAAUGAACCCUGGUGUAUGUGCUAAGAUUGCAUAUCAACUGAAAACCUUCUUUGAAGAGGCAGCAAAUUAUUGAAAACCUAGUAAAGUGCUUAAGAAAGGAGGAUUUCUCUCGAACACUGAGUUCUACAUCACUUACUAUGAAGCUAUUGCUCAUUAUUUCAAAGGGAGAGAGAUAAAGGAUGGUGCUGAAGAUAAUGGAGGUGGUAUGGGCAAAGCUGAAGGUCACCUCAAGUUUGCCCUUGCUCUAAUUAAUAAAGCUUCGACCAAUAAUCCCAGAACAGAAAGUGCUUUGAAGGACAGAAAGAAAAAUAUCAAAAAGGAGUAUGAAGAUGCGAAGGAAAUAAACAAGAAUGUCUACUAUGAAGGAUGUGCUUCUCUGGAUGAGCUAGAUAAGAUUGAAAGCAAGAAUUAUACACUUCACAGAAGUAUCCAGGUUAAGCUAGAUUCUGAAUUCCCAGGUGGUGAGAAUUUUGAAGUCUUCCUCCCUAUGGGAGUUAGGAAGUUAGAAGCUGAGUUUCACCAAGAAGCGAAUCAGAUUAUUAACCAGAAUGUUGAGACUUUAUUAAAGCUCUCAGCAGAUGAGGAUAACUUCUUAACAAGCUUCGGUCUCCCACAAGCGAUUUAUUCCAUCUCCAAUAAGCAGGAGAUACCAGAUGAUUUAUGGAAUAGAGUGAGCGAGUUCCAACAAAAAGGAAACUUUGCAUAUCUUCAAAGUCUUUUGAGUGGGGUGAAGCUAAAUAGAGAAAAUUGUUUAAAUCUUGUCCAAAAAUGUCAAAAAUCUCUUAUGGAUGAAGAGCAAGAGGAUGCAGCCUUGAAAGCUACAUAUGGAAAGUCUUGGAAUAGACUCCCUAGCACUUCUCUAAACUCAGAGAUGAAGAGCAGAAUUGAAUCUUACAAUGCUAAUUUGCAAAAAGCAAUGGAGACAGAUGCAACUGUCGAGUCAAAUGUCGAAGCUAUUAAACCAAAAAUGCAAUAUCUUCAACUAUCUCGUAAUGAGUUGACCCAGCAAAUGCCUGAAUCUAAGAGUGCUAAUACCUCAAGUUCUCCAUGCAUCGCUAACCUUGAAGAGGCUAUAGAACAGUUGAACAACCUUAAGAGAGAAAGAGAAGGUCUUAUAGCAAAAAUGACCGGAGCUCUAAGCUCAGCCGAUCUGAGAAGAGAUCUCUUCAAAGUGAAUGCUGGAGAAAUGAAAAGAGAGAAAGCCUUCUCUUCUCAUUUGUCUAAGCUUCAAACUAAUGAGGAAGAUUUCGAUACCCAACAAACCAAAUCCUCUGAGAUUCUUUCAACUAUUGAUGACAAUAUGAUCUCUUUUACUGAGUUAGUCUCAGGAUCUGAGGAUAAUGAGAAGACACAGUUCUUUAAGAGUAUUGAUUCUGGUCUAAAAGUUUACUAUGACAACAUGAAUCUUCUCCAGAAUGGGGAUAAGUUCUACAAGCAAAUGUACGAGUAUCUGACAAGCCUCCAUCUGUACAUCGUUGAUUUUGUAUCCUCUAGAAAUGUUGAGAAGGAUGAGCUAGUGGAAAGCCUCGGGGGAAAUCCUGCUCCUUAUGACCCAGGUAAUUGGUAAUUAAUAACAAAAAGAGAUUCUUA